GAGAGAGAGAGAGCGAGUGAGAGAGAGAGAGAGAGAGAGAGAGAGAGAGAGAGAGAGUGCGUAAGUGCGUAAGUGCAACGUUUUGUGUGGGAGUCGUCCGAGAAGAAUCGUAAGACUCGAUUCGAAUCACAGACUCUCCAUUCGGAGAACCCGAGAUUUCUCUCGAACGGAGACCUCGACGUUGAUCCUCAGCGAGAAGGUACGGGGAGACGCGAGGGUGUCGCCGACAGCUGAGAAGAUAUUAAAACGCGGACGAGGAGUGCCGAAAGUCGCGGGACACAUCAGUGGCGCGGUGAUGUUGAGCACGAGAUCCUCGCGGGAGCUCGUUGCAUUAGGUUCGGUCCUCGCCUUCGUGCGUCGCCUGGAGCGACACGAGGGAUGUACUGUCACUCCCGCGAGCGUGAUUUAAGCGUGAUUAAGUGACCCGUUGGGAGAGUUAUAUACCGGAAGAAACAUAAGGACAGACCAAUUUCAAGCUUUCGCGAUCGCGGAUUGAUCUGAUUCAAGUAAACGCGCGCAUGGCGAGCGCGUAAACAUCGAUAAGACACGCGCUGCGAGAGAGAGAGAGAGAGAGAGAGAGAGAGAGAGAGAGAGAGAGAGAGAGAGAAGGGGUAGUAAUUGCAUAAGGGAGUGAGAAAUACGCGCGAUGAUCACGAUCGUCGCCGGGGAAUCCCGCGGCAAGUCCAGGACAUCGUGCACCCCCGCGCUACUUGCCAGAUGCUCCGUAACGAUCGUCGUCGACGUGCGACCGUACGAAGGGUGGUAGCGCAGAGAGCAAGAUCGGAGAAGCAAAAGCAGCAGCAGCAGCAGCAGCAGCAGCAGCAGCAGCAGCAGCAGCAGCAACGACGGCAGUAGCAGCUGGUCGGAGCUAAUACGCGUUUCCGGCAUCGUGCAUCGCUGCACGGGGGUUGAUGCGGUGGAUGCGGAACGACGGGACGAUGGCCGGUGGUGCGUGCACGGAAGCGGCACAUGAAACGUUAGUCGAAACGGUGAUCAAUAAUAAGACGCUCCGGCUCGUCGAGGGAUUGUGAACCUGCGAUCGCUCUUCCUCACGUCGUGACGUCGCCGUAAGGAUGUAGGGGGGCCUGCAAUAACCGGCCCCGUAGAGGCGCCGCUUCGUUUCCUCUCCGCUUCCCUCGCGGAAGAAUCGCGAGAACGAUCCGACGGGGAGGCUAAAGCGCACGAUUUAAAAAAAAAAAGAAGAGAAAAAAGGAGUGUAAUACGUAAUAAUAAUAAAUCGCGACACAUGCCAGCGGAGUGUUAAACUUAAAGAUAAUUAUGUGUUCCUUAGUCCAUCUUUUAGGUGGCUCCGAGUUAUCGAGCGUAUAUCAUAGUUCUCGUCGUAGUAGCAAUUUUCUUAUACCAUCCUCGAGUGGAGCAUAGAUGUCUUAGUUUAGCAAAGAGAGAAAAGAGAGAGAGAGAGAGAGAGAGAAGAGGAAGGAGUAUUGGACGUCCGAUGAACGAUCGAUCUCACGAUACGAUCGUAAAUACAGCGAGCAUGUCGGAAGACGAGAUUAAAUACACGUCAGGGAAUAUGAUAAAGAAAAGCCAUUCCGAAACGGAAAACUAGACGAAGAACGAACCGUAGAUAAAAAAGAAAGAGAGAACAAGAGAGGGAGAAAGAAGUGCGUUCCGUGUCGUAAAAUAUAAUCGUUGUUAACCGGCCGCGAAGUAGGUCACAAAGUCGAUACUAAAAUGAAGUGAAGAUGCAAGAGGAAACCGGGAAAAUGGCAUGUGCUAACGACGUUAAUAACGGCGGACCGAUUUUUCGGGGCGGACCCGGCGUAGUGUGAAGUAAUUAGUGCACGUUGCGCGCGGGCGUCAUUCGCGCGGAGUGUCGCGCGAGGUAAUCUAAUAACGGACUAUCCCUAUGUGUACGGCGGAUAAUUACUAGCGAAAAUGGUCGAUGCAUACCUAGGAGGAUACGUUAUUUUACUGACGAGUGACAACGGGAGGGUCAAGCUCUACGGAUCGCCAGCGGAUAAUGGCACUCUGGAGGUGAGCGAUGAAAUUUUAGAAGUGAACGGUCGCACCUUGGAAAAUGCAACUCAUACCGAAGUCAUUCAAUACAUACAUGAGUGCAUCGACUCUCGAACAAUAUGUCUGCGUCUUCGGAGAAGCGGAAGCAGGAACGUGGAGGAGCUGGACGGGCCGAACGGAAGUGGGCGGAUACGAGACGCCUGGGUUAUCGCCGUCGAAAGAAACGCGAGGGAGAGGCUGCAGAAACUGACGGCACUCCAGAAGAUCCAGCCGCGCGACAUCCAUAGCAUUUUACAUCAGCGGACAAUAAAUUCAGUAGCGUCCACGAGCGAAGACUCCACUUCAAAAGACGUAUCGAAUGGCCAAAUUACGGUUACUUUGGCGGACAAGGAAUUGGAGACGAAUUCUUUCUCCACCAAACUUAGCAACGGUACGAUUCCCAAGGGAUUAGGAAAAGAGGCGGACAUCCGAGUGGAAAACACCUCGCAGGAGCGGAAGGACGCUUUGGAAAAGCAACACAGCUGCGAAGAGGCGAACCUCUUGCAACCGGUGCAGAGCGGAAGAAUCGGGGAACGACGGUCGAGCAGCCCUUUCCAAAAUGGUCGGACGGAAGUGCUGAUUGGCGAACCGGAGGGCGGCCCGAGGUCGCCGCGGGGAUCGACGUCUUCGGCGGUGAACGACGGCAAUUUCCUGAAUCCACCGGACGAGCGAGACGAACCAAUUUGCAGGUCCCGAAGGCGUAGCGGUAGUGGCGUGACGGACAUACAUUCUCAGCAACAGCAGCAGCAAUUGCAGUUGCAAGAGAACAACAACUCGCGCGAACAACAACUCGUGCGAACAACAAGCUCGCGCGACGCGAAGAAGCCGCAGGAGGGACUGGGGCCCGAUGAGAUGUGGGCCCCUGGCGCCCUGGGCCAUCAUCGGGAGCUACCUGUUGAUGUGCCCGACACCCUUCUACAGAAGGCCUAUCCCAACAAGGUAAAAAACUGCUCUUCCGAUUAUAGGAACGGGCUACAGCAUCGUCCCCGUAGCGCUAGCGACCUCGACCUCUCCCUAAACCUUAAAAACGAAACCCUUAAGACGCGCACCAUCGCGGACGGACGCGCUAGACUCGCAUCGAACGAUCGCACGCACGACGUCACCGACGACGCAGCCAGGACAAUUAACGUCCACAACGGUCUUCAGCCGUCCAUGCUGAAGAUCGAGCUGAAUAUCGAGGACGAGGAGGAGAAAGUGAACGCCACCAGGAAGAAUCUGGUGUUCGAGAAAUACCACGACAGCCCGAUCGCGGCCGGCUCGCCGGAUUUGAAGAGUACCUUCAAAGUUUUCGAGGUAUACGCGAACAUUGACGAGGACGCAGGCGGGCAAAAGGAGUCUAGCGUUGAUGUUGAAGACGACUAUCCUUUUGCCAAGGAGGAUUAUCCCACGAUGCUGAAGACAUGCAGUGACGAUUCCGCGAGUCCAAGAAGUUCAUCGGGUAGAUCGGACAGUACCGCACCCCUCGAUACGAGUCUAAUGCUCAGGCAUAGUAAAAGCCACAAGGACUCGCCGACCUACGACGUACGAAGGAUAGACCUCGGCUCUCCUUGUCGAUCGGUAGUACCCGAUAUCAAGGUGGCUCCGCUCUUUGGCCGAACCCGCGACGCGACCUCCUUUGACAAUCCGGCUUAUGGAUUAACGGACUUGCAGGAUCUCCAGGGUCUACUGCGAUCCGACGAAAUGUCAGACUUGACCAGACUGAUCGAUGAACAAUCUUCAAUUCCACGAACUCCGCAGGACCAAGACAAAGUCUCGCCCGUCCGUGUCAAGGAUCAGCAGAUGGAACCUUCCCAAAUCACCGAGCCAGUAGGCAAGUCCGGCAAAAGUCCGACGAAGCGUCGUUCGCACGACGAGCGAGUUAAAUUGAAGGCGAAAACCCGCAGUCUCGAUAUCGAGGAAUUGAUUCGCACUGGCUCGACCGACGAUCUUCUCGGCAUCGAAUUGAGCAAUCUCUCCUCCUCCUCCUCCUCGUCCCGGCAGCGGACGAAAAAGAAGCGGCAUCAGCAGAUCUCCAGCGGCUAUUCCACACUGAGGAGCGAGGCCUCUGGCGAUCUCGAGCAUAACACGGACCGCAGCUUCCUCGUGGUAGGGAGAAAGCCUUACCGCGAGGUAGCCGUCGAUUGUCCACCGGACUUCGUGCCGGUCACCAAGUGCCAUCCGAUAUACCCGCCGCCGAAUAAGACCCCCGGCAGCAGCAAGCACAACACCCUCGAGCCGAAGCGCGAUCGCGCGGGUGUCAUUAACGAGGCGAGUUCGCGCGCUGCGACGACGACGACGACGACGACAACGACCAUGACGACGACCACGCUCGUAGCCUCCCCUCGCCUCUCCUUGAACGAUAAUAGCUUCACGACGCUGUCUAGUGCCGACAGUAGCGCUAGAGAGACCGUGGUCGCGCGCACGGUAGACCAUAAGCACAGCUUGAAGAAGGCCGGUCUCAAUGGAGUCAAACCCGCCAUCCCACCGCGCGAUCAGAAGAGAGCACCUGCCAGACCGCCGAAAGAUAAUCUGCGCCUCUCCGCGCAGAACAAUAAUGUCGAGACGAGCGAUAACGCCAACGCCGAGCCGACGCAACAGCAGCUUCACUCUAUCAGGAAAUAUCAGGAGCAGUUACGGAAACGGAAAGAUGAGGAGGAAAGGCAGGAAAUGCUCAGCCAUUCUCUCCGUGGCUCUAAAAAGCUUCAAGCUUUGGAGAGCCACGCGACGAGUCUCAGUGGCCAGGCAAAUAUUGCUUACGCACAGGACGAGGUGACCACCGGCGUCAGUCGAAUUACACACGCCACUCCUAAUGCAGUCCAAGAAGUGGAGGAGCCGCCCAGGCCUCUCACGUACGGCGAGGUCGUUGCUACGCUGGAGAGGCUGCAGCUCCAACUGCGAAAUAUUUCAGGUGCUCUCGGUAUUUCGGGUCCAGGUGUCGAAGCCGAGCUCGAGGCAGUCCGAACACUUUUAGUGCAGAAUCAAUUUGCGUCUGCCCUGGCGACUCGUCAUGCUUUAAAAAAUCGGCUAAGGGCGAGCAAGAUUUUCAAACAUCAUGCCGAUGACGCGUCGAGUUUAGCGCGAGAUUGCGUGGAUAUCCUUGAAAAAUGGCAAUUGUCGUCGACCGCAACAGGUGUCGGCGGAGCAGAAACAAUAGCCGCCGUGGAAGAGUUAACGAGUAUUCUAACAAGUUACGACAUGGAGGCUCUGCUUCUGGCGCACGACUCUAUCGUCUCCUACGUGGAAGGUUUACAAAGGAAGCAAAGCCCGUCCUCUCCACCCAGUGGUCCGCCCAGUCCGACGUCUAGUUGGAAAGAUUCCCGUGUAGUCGACAACAUUAAAAUUAUCCGAAUUGAGAAAACUAACGAACCUCUGGGUGCUACCGUCAGAAAUGAAGGGGAUGCGGUAAUCAUAGGACGUGUCGUUCGCGGUGGCGCGGCAGACAAGUCAGGACUCCUGCACGAGGGCGACGAGGUUCUCGAGGUGAACGGAGUAGAAAUGCGCGGCAAGACUGUCAACGAAGUUUGUGAUAUUCUUGCUGGUAUGCAGGGUGGUCUCACGUUCUUGGUACUUCCGGCUCCAACGAGCCACAGAAAUAAUUUAAGGAGAGAAGACACGACUCAGAUACAUAUACGAGCGCAUUUCGAUUACGAUCCCGAAGAAGACCCGUACAUACCGUGCAGAGAGUUGGGUGUAAGCUUUCAAAAGGGCGAUGUACUCCACGUAAUUUCCCAAGAGGAUCCUAACUGGUGGCAAGCAUAUCGAGAGGGUGAAGAGGAUCAGACACUGGCUGGUCUAAUACCCAGCAGAGCAUUUCAACAUCAACGAGAAUCCAUGAAGCAGACGAUAGCCGGCGACAAAUCGACGAUGCGAGGUUCGAAAAAAUCCAGCACGCUAUUGUGCGCGAGAAAAAAUCCAAAGAAGAAGAAACGAAACAAGUUUGGCGCGAACUUCAAUGACGAUGGAUAUCCACUUUACGCGACAACUGCCAUAGAUGAUUACGACAGCGAAGAAGUGCUGACGUAUGAGGAAGUCGCCUUAUACUAUCCUCGUGCAAAUCACAAGAGGCCAAUUGUACUCAUCGGACCACCCAACAUCGGACGGCACGAACUUAGGCAGAGAUUGAUGCAGGACAGCGAACGUUUUGCUGCAGCGAUACCACAUACAAGUCGUCCAAAGAAAGAUUCCGAAGUCGAUGGGCAGGAUUACCAUUUCAUUUCUCGUGCUCAGUUCGAGUCCGAUAUUCUUUGUCGGAAGUUCGUCGAGCACGGCGAAUACGAGAAAGCGUAUUACGGCACGUCCGUGGAGGCCAUCAGGACAGUGGUUAAUUCCGGGAAAAUCUGUGUCUUAAACCUGCAUCCCCAGAGUCUCAAGAUCCUGCGAAAUUCGGAUCUGAAGCCGUAUGUUGUGUUUAUUGCGCCUCCAAGCCUCGAGAAGCUUAGGCAGAAGAGGAUCAAGAACAACGAAAGCUUCAAAGAGGAAGAAUUAAAAGACAUAAUCGAGAAGGCUCGUGAGAUGGAGGAUAAGUAUGGCCAUCUGUUUGAUAUGCUUAUCCUCAACAACGAUACGGAUCGGGCGUAUAACCAGCUUCUCACGGAGAUUAAUUCGCUCGAGAGAGAACCUCAGUGGGUGCCUGCGUCUUGGGUUCAGUAACUUAAGCGGUCUUAAUCGCCGCGCUUAAGACGAGCGUUUCUAUACGGUGUCUCGACGGUGAGGACGGCGAUCGGAGGCCAGUAUCUGCGGUAUCUGUUUGCAAGACAAGUGCUUUUACGCAAUUUUUCCAAGUAAGACUUCAAGCAAGUCUAAUAGAAAUUCGGAGAACUGGUUCUUCUACAGGUGCCUGUUACAUAGUUUUAUGUUUCUUACGCAAAUCUUAAAUCUUCCCCGGUUAUCAUAUUGCAAGUACUACUCGCCUGACAGAGUCUUCCGCGCGUGUUGUCGUACUUUGGUGCCAUGAAAAUGACGGAGCAAUCUUCAAAGGGAGAAAGGGAAGAAGAGAAAUAGAAAAGAGAAUGAAUGUUCUGCAAAAAAUUUUCACUCAACCUCUGUGACGAACUACUCCUCGACGUAGAUUCUUACAUUUGUUAUAGAAGAAAAAAAGAAUAUGGUGCUUAUAUACCACCGUGAAAGACGACAGUUUUCGAGACUCGGUUGCAUCAAUGAUGUUUCGAAUUUAAGCGAAUAUGUAAUCAAAUCGCGGACGAUAAUCUGACGAAAGACUUAAAUUUAAGUUUCCGCUUAAAUUUCAAACAGAAUUGCUGCAGUUUAGUCUACUUUUGGUAUCCCGAGAUAAUUCCGAUUGAAAUACGUUCGUACGCCGAAGUAUCAGAGGUAUUUACGAUUAAAUUCUCAUGACUGACCCAUUCCCCAAGCGGUUAACAUUAUUAUAUUAGAUGCGCGAGUAUACAAAAAGUAUCAUCUUUUCGGUGCGCCAAAGCACAUCUGCCGAGCGUUUUGCUCUUUCUUACAUAGCCCGUUCUACAUGAGGAAGUGUACCUGACCUGAUGUCUCCUAACAGUGAAAAAUUUCUAACUUGGGGGACUCGUGAAAAUAUCGUGUAAUUUUCUAUGAUCUAUCGCAUAUACGUUUUGAUAAAUUUUGAUAAGUGGAACCGGAGCUCCGAUCCAGAUUUUUUAAAAGAUUCUUAUUCAGCGUAGCACGUGCGAAUAUAUUAACGUGAUUACAUUAUUAACUCCGCGUAAUGUAAUUAAUUUUUUUUACGUUUAUAUCGCGAAUCAGUCAUACGCAUAUACAUAUAUAUAUAUAUAUAUAUUUCGCAUACGAUCAUAGAGAGUCGCAUGUUUUUUCACGUGAAAUUUUGGUUAGAAAUUUUUGGCAGUCCUGUUAUUCUAACCAAGCGGAAGCUCUUAUUAUAAAGGAAGAAAAAAAAAUUCCAAAACGACGAUCCCACAAGCAUAACGACGCACUUUAUGCGUUUCUUCGAACGCAAGAGGAAACGUCUGCGAUGUCGAAAAAGGUGAAACUCGCUAACGUUUUAUCGUUCGCCCUAGACAUUUCGUGUUUGUUUAGAGAGCAGAAACUCGUGUUUCGAACCCGUAGAUUCGUUAAACGCAAUAGACUUAGGCUCGACUGUGGUUCGGUAUACAAGCUUUUGAAAAUUUCGCAUAAAACAAUUGUUUCUCCUAAGUGUUUUUUUACAGGGAGCGAUUAUUACGCAACGCGAUCGAAUAGGGUAAAAGAUGUUUAUCUGUGUCAUUGUAUCGCUACGAAAAUAGGGAUCGAUGCGAAAUAGAAAAGAAAAAAAAAUGUGUAGUAGAGAGAGGAAGAAAGGCCACUGUGGUUUUUCAUUGGAAAUUAUUCGGUAAAUGCAAGUGCGCGAUGUGUAUCUUAUAAAUAUUCUUGCGUUAGCAAUAAUUGUGUAUUAUGUCGGAAAGUAACUUUUCUGUAUUUUUUUCUUUUCUUCGAUGACUUUAAGAGCUCCGGUAAAUUCGGCAAAGAUGUGUCCGUUCGUAUAGAGAUUGUGGGCUACUGUGUCGUGAUUAGAUCAACUGUGUAAUGUUAGUCGAUCCAGAGAGAAAAA